GUUGUAUAUCCAUAGAACUCUCCUUAUUGUGUGAUGUUAAUUUGUUUAAUUUAUUUAUCUGUGAUAUGUCAUCAACAGAGUCACAUUUGACAAGAAGUAAUUAGUUUUUAAAACAUGAACAUUUCUGGGACAUGGUGAUGUCACUGCAGUAAAUGUUGAUAUGAUGCUAGUGACUUAUCCUUGGCUACUUGCUAUUUUUCCUCACAGUUUUGAGCUCCUAGAUUCCAGUGAUACUUUAGUUCUUCAUGUACAAAAUCAAAGCUCCGUAACUCAUUUUGUUUCGUCUAAUCGCUGACGGUAAUUGACAUCCAGUGAUUGCUUGGGCUAAUUAAAAUGGCACCGGCUUGCCAAUUAAAAGUUGGUGUUUUGUUUCCCUUUAAGCACCCAAAACACCAUGUUAACUGUGUUAACUAAAUCCUCCCCAGAACAUAAUAAUUGCAGAUGUAAAUAUGGUUUAUGGAGACUUACAUGUCACAUGACCAAUUUGUGUUUGCAUGUGAACAUGUGAGUUUAAUUUCGUUUAUUGCUUGUUUUUUAAACCAAAAUAUAAAAUAUAUGGUGCUGUUUUCACGGUAGUUCUCCAUGUUACUUUUGUGUGGUUCCGUUUUUGAGAUUUGCUGCCAUCUUGCUGAAGUGCUGUUUGGCAAUAAGCCAUUUGUCAAAUUCACCGGAACACAUGUCGUGAACAGGAGCAUAAAAUAGCAGUAAUCUCCCGGGAAGCAUAGAGGUGUGAGGAUGGAUGUCUUGGACUGUAUCUUGUUGACCAUACUGGGCGCCAUUGUGGUGUCCCUGUUUGUCAUCAUCUACCUCAAAGUCACCAUGGGUCGGUGUGUGAGCAAGGCUGACCUCUCGGGAAAGACUGCCAUUGUCACAGGAGCAAAUACAGGCAUAGGUUUCUACACAGCACUGGACUUUGCGACUCGAAACGCGCGGGUCAUCCUUGCAUGCCGGAAUGCACAGAAAGCCAAGGUCGCCUGUGACCAGAUCAGACAAGAGACAGGCAAUGAAAAUGUCACUGUGGGAAUCAUAGAUUUGUGCUCAUUAAAAUCUGUGAGAAAAUUUGCUGAGGAGUUCUUAAAGGAUGAGAGAAGAUUGGAUAUCCUUGUGAACAAUGCCAGCGUCUUGGGUCUGCCCAAGGAAAUGACCGAGGAAGGACUGGAGUCCAUGUUUGCAGCCAAUCACUUUGGUCCAUUCUUGCUCACAAACCUCCUUCUGGACUUGAUGAAGAAAACCGGGAAUGCAAGGAUCAUUACAGUGUCAUCCCUUGUGAAUAAAUUUGGUAAAAUAGACUUUGAGAAUCUGCGGGCAGAAAAGAGCUUUGACAGAUUCCGUAUCUACAAUGACUCCAAACUGGCUAAUGUAAUUUUCACAAAGGAACUAGCCAGACGUCUGGAAGGGACAGGUGUGACUGCCAACUGCCUCCAUCCCGGCACCAUCAGGACAGAAUUGUUAAGGAACAUCCCCUCCUUUGUACAGAUUCCCUUGAACCUGUUUGGCUGUUUGUUCUUUAAGAGUCCGGAGGAUGGGGCACAGACAACUAUACACUGUGGUGUUAGCGAGGAGAUGGAGGGAGUCAGUGGACGGUACUACUGUGACUGUCGUGAUGCAGAUAAGUCUGUCAACCCUGUGGCAAACGACCUGGGCAUUGCCAAGAAGCUGUGGGAGAUCAGUGAAAAAUAUACUGACUUGAAAUAAUGAAUGAAUUUUUUCAAAUAUAUGCACCUGGGAAAAAUUAAGCACCAUCCCGUUUUGAUAAGGAUUUUUUCACGAAGUGUUUUUGCAUUAAUAGUGCUAAUGGUGUUCAUUCAUGAGUAAAUCCACUCUGCAGGUGUAUCAAGUGUACACACUAGAUUUUACAUAACAAAUAUAGAAGCUGGAUCUACCAGUAAAUAUGUCAUCAAUAUGAAGUUCACAGACUGCUUCAUUAAUUAUUAACACCUGUGAAGAUCCGGCUUAGAAUUGAUAUUCAGUAACCAAUGCUUGUCGUAAGUGGCGACUAAUGGGAUUGGGUGGUCAGGCUUGCUGACUUGGUUGAC